AUUUGCUUCGCUGUGAAAGAGAUUUAGUGGAUUCGUAGCUGAUUUUUUAACGAAAAUAUUUCACAAAAUAUGGGGGAACCGUGCAAGGUACAUGUUGGAAACCUUUCUUAUAGUGUCACAGAAGAGGCACUGCGCCAAGCUUUUGAAGCAUGUGGCGACAUUGAUGAAGGUUAGUCGAGAGAACUUGACAUCUGUUCAAUUUUAGUUGAAAUACAUGUAGUGAUUUUUGUCCGUAUUGUCAUGAACUUUAGUGUCUUAUUCCCUAUUGUGAAGGGGAGAGUCUUACACAUUAAUGUAGAUCUCUAUUAUUUGUGAUCUCAACUGAGGUAGCUAGCUAUAAGGGCCUGAUUCUACAACCGCAACAUUCGUCGCGAGAAAUUGUUUCUGUGAAGUAUGGAUGGUUGCACGUGAGUCAUCAUUUUUCUACUGAAUGCGGGGUGUGAAUAGGGGUAUACAAAUCCGCCCAAAUUUGAAGCAAAAUCCGCGAUCCGACAAUGGUCUUGUCUAAAUUUGAAUCCGCUAAAAACUCUACUAAGAAGAAGUCACAGUCCAAGAUCCGAACUAAAUUGCAAGCUAAAUCCACAAUCCGAGCCAAAAUAUUAGAUAAAUCCACAAUCCGCUGUGUUAAUAAGAUCCGCAAAUCCGUGUAAAACAUUUGCCAGAUCCAAACAAUUUUUUAUGUAAAAUCCGACGAUCCGAAAACCUAUUCACCCCCCUGAAUUUUUCCACUUUUGUCGCGAGUAGAACCAUGGAUAAUAAAAUAAAUGGAUAGGAAACCAGCUGACGUGACCUAAUGUUUUCAAUGGACUGAUGGCGUGAUUGGAUGUUGAAACCUAGUUGCAAACCAAAUUCUCAAAAACGGCAUGUUUAGCAAUAAUACAGCUAAACAUUUUAGUCAAAGAGCAAAUGAAUAUAACUACACCAUUCUAUGAUGAAAUCUCUAAGUAUUCCCAGUCAAUUUUAGCAAAUAUUUCAAGCACUAAACAGUAAAAAAGGCAUCCCAAAUUUCGUUAAAAUUGGGGACGCCAAUUUUGUAGCUACAAAUGUAAAAAAAUACAAAACAAAGACGAAAAACAUUUACCUUGAAUACUUUGUUGUGGCUUAGGCAUGUUUUUAAAACAAUUGCACCAGUAUAUGCUUCAAUAUUACUCUUUUAAUUAAAGCGGAAAGUAUAGCGAAACAACAAAAAUGCAGAGAACUUUGCAAUACGUGUGACGUCACAGAUUGCAACUAUGUUGUUUUUGCUUACGUUAGAUUAUCCAUGGUAGAAACGACUCAACUGACUUCUACUCGGUGGUGAAGCAAAUUUUUUUCUUGCGAAGCCCGACUGAUCUUUACUGCGCUUCAACUUCAAAAUUUUUUCCGACGGAAAAUUUGUGUUGGCCAAUCACAUUUUACCAAAUUUUCUUUCUGUGAAAAAUUUGUGUUGGCCAAUCACAUUUUACCAAAUUUUCUUUCUGCGGAAAAUUUGUGUCGGCCAAUCACAUUUUACAAAAUUUUCUUUCCGCGGAAAAUUUGUGUUGGCCAAUCACAUUUUACAAAAUUUUCUUUCUGUGGAAAAUUUGUGUUGGCCAAUCACAUUUUACAAAAUUUUCUUUCUGCGGAAAAUUUGUGCCGGCCAAUCACAUUUUACAAAAUUUUCUUUCUGUGGAAAAUUUGUGUUGGCCAAUCACAUUUUACAAAAUUUUCUUUCUGCGGAAAAUUUGUGCUGGCCAAUCACAUUUUACAAAAUUUUCUUUCUGUGGAAAAUUUGUGUUGGCCAAUCAGAUUUUACAAAAUUUCCUUUCCGGAGAAAAUUUUUGUCGGCCAAUCACAUUUUACCAAAUUUUCUUUCCGCAGAAAAUUUGUGUUGGCCAAUCACAUUUUACAAAAUUUCCUUUCCGCGGAAAAUUUGUGUUGGCCAAUCACAUUUUACAAAAUUUUCUUUCCGCAGAAAAUUUUUGUCGGCCAAUCACAUUUUACCAAAUUUUCUUUCCGCAGAAAAUUUUUGUCGGCCAAUCACAUUUUACCAAAUUUUCUUUCCAUGGAAAAUUUUCUUGAGUGGAGAUGGCCUUAAAAUUCGAGGGGUAAAUUACUCUGAAAUCUUCGUACACUUCAUCAAAAAUCCCAAAAAAUCUUUGGAAAAUCCCAAAAUCUUACUAAAUCCCAAUUAAGAAAUCUUAUUGAGAAAAAUUAUUGAGAAAUCCCAUCAAAUUUAAACAUUUAAAUUUAAUUGGCAUGAAAAUGCUCUUCGUUGAUUUACUUCAUUUUAAAAAUAAUUUGACGGAUUAUAUGUCUCAAAAAAUUUCGGAAAAAGUUCGGCGAAAAAAAGAAGGGAAAAUAUUUCGAAAAACUCGGCUGAAAAAAAUCCCUUAAAUUUGGGGAAAAAAUCCCAGAAUUCCGAGAAAAAUUGCCUGGAUUUUCUAAUCCCAAAAAUCUUCGUACGCUUUUUUCCAGAGUAAUUUACCCCUCCUUAAAAUUAACGAAGUAUAUAGUCAAUAUGACAUUCUACAAUUCUUGUCUUGAAUAGCGAUUGUGGUAACGGACAGAGAGACUGGGCGACCUCGUGGAUUUGGAUUUGUAACUUUUCAAGAAAAACAGGGUGCGGAUAAGGCGAUUGCCGAUCUCGACGGCACUGUAUGUAUUUUUUUAAUUUCCCUAUUUUAAAAAUUUUUUUUU